AUGGACUGCGGCCGCACAGCCCUUCCUGAGAUACUGCAGCCCAGUGACCCUGUGCGGACCGCACAAAGUCGACUGCGGCCGCACAGCUCUCCGCCGCACACAGCACAAAGUCGACUGCGGACCGCACUGGCCCCUUCCGCGAUUCUAGCUAUGGAUAUUAACCGGGAAAACUAUGAGAUUGGCCUUCCAGUAAUUGAAAAAGCUGGACUAGCUCACAAAAUAGAAUUCAGAGAAGGGCCUGCACUUCCUGUUCUUGACCAAAUGAUUGAAGACGGCAAAUACCAUGGAUCAUAUGACUUCAUAUUUGUGGACGCUGACAAAGACAAUUAUUUGAACUAUCACAAGAGAUUAAUGGACUUGGUCAAAGUUGGUGGACUAAUUGGAUAUGAUAACACCCUAUGGAAUGGAUCAGUGGUUGCACCACCUGAUGCACCUCUUAGGAAAUACGUUAGGUAUUAUAGGGAUUUCGUAUUGGAACUCAACAAGGCUUUGGCUACUGAUUCAAGAAUCGAAAUUUGCCAGCUUCCCGUUGGCGAUGGCAUCACUCUUUGCCGACGCAUUAGUUAAUAAACGGAACUAUUGUCUAUUUGU